UUAAAAAAAUAUAGAUAUAUAUUAAAACUAUAUUAAAAUAUAUUAAAAAGAUGUUAUAACCCCUAGGAUUAUUCAUAUUGGUUUUCAAACAUAUUUUCUUUUUUUAUCACUGAAUAAUUGUCAGAUUACACGUGAAACAAAAUAGUUGAUAUUUUUUUAGUUCUUGGAGAAUGUCGUGGUAAUUACGCGCAGUAGCACGAUUGUAUCGUGAACGCUUUUCUAAUAAACGUCAGCAUUGACCACUACAGAUCACAUUGACCCAAUGACAUGACUACAUAUCUGAACAUAAAAUUUUCCGCUCUUUUUAUUUCUGCUGUCAAAAAAAGGGGUUCCUAUUUAAGAAAUCGAAGUGGACCUUGAAAUACCUUGACAAUGGCCGCCAAGAUCAAAGUCAAGGUCACCUUCAGAUACCCCUCUUCAAACCUUACAACUUUUGUUUGAAACAUUUUUUCUGAAAAUGCUUUUCUGAAGAUAUUUUCCCAGCAAACAAUUUGUUACCAAAUUGUCGCCAAAUUGACACCAAAUAUGACCAAAACUUGAUGGCAAAUCCGAUGCCAUUUAUGUCCGCAAUAUGCUUGGGUUUUGUUAGCAAAGCUUGGUGACAAAAUCUAACGCCAAAUUGUUGCUAAAUAUCGAGCAAAGUUUGGCGUCAAACUACGCCGCACAAACUUUGGCCGGUAUUUGGCGUCAAUUCGGUGUUAGAUUUCAUCAAGCUUUGUUCGGUAUUUGGCAUCAAUUUGACGUCAAACUGCGCCGCACAAACCUUGCUCGGUAUUUGGCGCCAAUUUGCCAACAACCUUUGAUUUAGCAGAUGUUAUGUCCAAUUUGAUGACAUUUUGGCAGCAAAAUUUGUAAUCAAGUGUUGGGCAAAAUUUGCUUGAGCAGAUUUGACUAUUUGGGUAGUUUUUAUACAAAGUAGCCAACAUAAAACUGGUGUAGCAGAAUUACCAUCAUAUCUUUGUCGUGGUAUAAUAACUUAUAUUAAAAAGGAAAGUGAAAUAUAUAACGUUCUUCUAGUGGAUUAUGGCAUAAGUAUUGAACUAAAAAGGGAUGAAAUUUAUAAAGUUUCAAAAGAUUUUAUUUCCAAAGAGUAUCUAACGAAAACUGUUAGUGUACAUGAAAUAUUGCCAAUUCGUAUGAGAAAAAACAUUUCAAACGGACAUAAAAAUAAAUCUACAGCAGUUAUUGUAGAAGAAUGGAGCGAAGAAGCAACACAGUUCAUGAGGAAUCUUUUAGCAGCAUCUAAAGCAGUAUAUUUUGAUCAUUUAGCUACAGAUGAAAAUAAUGGAAGGGAAUACGGGGAAUUCUAUAUCAGAAUUGAUGAUCUUAUUGUAUCAUUAAGUAAAGCUUUAGUUAUAAAUUAUUAUGCAAUUUACUUGGCAGGAGAUUUACUACAACUCAUUGAAUCUACAAGUCAUGCAGAACAUAAAGAAAAUACGGAAGAAAACAUAAUUAUACAUGCAAAGUUUACAACUAAUCGUCCAAAGAAUAUGGAACUUGCCAGUAAAGUUACAAAACAUUGUUCUAUCAGACACAUUGAAAAAGUUCUGAUACAAAAUGGAAAAAACUAUAAAGUCAUAAGUGAUGUUACAGAUCUUUGUUUCCCUAAAGGAGUACAUAAGGGUUGGAAUCAAUGUAUCAAUUCCACGAGACCGAGAAAAAUUCAGUCUUAUAUUUGGCCAGCUAUAAAGGAAGGAUUAAAUGUUGUCGCCAUCGGAACAUCACAAUGUGGUAAAACCACGGGAUGCGUAAUGGCUGUUUGUGGUCUAGUAGUCAUGCGUCAAAAUAUGUCACCUAACGCGACUCACCCUACAGCGUUAAUUUUAUGUCCAUCUGCAUUUGAAGUAAUCAAUAUUCAAUCAAUAUGUACAACAUUCUUGCAAUCUUAUAAUAACAUAAAGUCUGUAGCGGCAUUUAAUGGCAAAUCAUUUCGAUCAAUAUCGGCACUGAUAUAUAACGGCUGUCAAAUCUUAGUGACUACACCACGCUUUUUAACACGAUUCUUGAAUGAAAAUAGAAAUUUCUUAUCAUUUGAUCAACUUUCUCUUCUACUUUUUGAUAAUGCCGAUAUAAUUUUGACUAAAUAUUACAAAACGAUAGGAGAAUUAUUCAAAAAACAUGGGAUAAUUGAUAACCGUGAGCCACAAGGUGACAAUAGGCCGAUAUUACAAAUAAUUUUGACGGCAACAAAAUGGACACUUGAACUUAAGAAAUUUGUAUCUCUGGUAAUGAACGAUCCGUUCAUAUGUAUUUCAUCAUUUCUAGAAGCUGUCGUUUUUAAGUCCCUUCGUCCAAAACUUUACAUUUGGAAAUCAGCCCAUAAAAAUCAGAAAAUAUCAGAUUUAUUAAAUAAUGAUUAUACUAUAUUGAGAACUAUGGUGGUAUGCAUAAACGCUGAAGAAGCCAUGCAGUUAAAUACGUUUUUAAUUCCCACAAAGAAAACUUUAUUGAUCCAUGAAAAUAUGAAGUUGUUAGAUAUAAUAGCUUUGGGAGAAAAUUGGAAAACAUGUGUACGUGGCUUGUAUCCAGUAUUAAUAUGCACUGAUGCAAUUUUGUCUCAACUUAAUUGCACCAAUAUUCAAUGGCUCAUACAUCAUUCUGUACAGCUGACAUUUAAAAAUCAAUUUAAUUAUAGAUUCUCCGUGCUUUUAGACAAUUUGGCACAGGACAUUACAAAGUGUAAAAUUAGUAUAAUUAUUGACGAACACAAUAAUGUACAAUUUAAAAGUAUAGUGAGGAUAAUGCAACGAAUGAAUGUUGCAAUAUCCUCAGAUAUGUUGGAAAAUAUCGAGCGUAUCGCGAUUACAUUAGAAAGGGAUAAAAAAAAUUAUGAUAUAUGUGACAACAUAAAGUCGUUAGGCUUAUGUCCAAACGAAAAUGCUUGCGUGUUCAGACACUGCAUACUACCUGAUAUCGAUACGCCAAAAACAGGCAUACAGAUAAAUGAUACGGUGAAAAUGAUGGUGUUAUAUGUUCACGAUGCGACUCAUUUUUCCGUAAGAUUGAUCGAACACAUUCCGCAUUCGAAUAAUUCGAAGAAAAUAAUAUUUCCUAGUGUGGAGUAUAUGCAAAUUACACAACAGAUUCAAGAGUACUAUCAAAAUAUCGAAAAUAGAAAAGUGUGCACUUCAACAAACGUAGGUGAUAUCUGCGUUCUGGAAGAAUCUAUUGACACAUUCAAACGAGUACAAAUCAGACGCAUUAGAUACGAUAGAGAUACUUCGGAAGAUUCAAAGUUUGUAGAUGUGAGAUGUAUUGACACUGGUCUUAUACACGAAUGCAUCAAUAUUUGUAAAUUAAUUCACAUUCCAAAAAAAUUACUCGAUCUUCCAACACACAUUGUAGAAGUAUUCUUAGCCAAUGUAGUGCCAUACGACGAAGAACAUAUUUGGAAUCAUUAUGCUACUAAUGCAGUUCACAAAUGGUUUUCAGAAAACGUCGACAAGAGAUCUUAUGUUACUGGAAAGGUUCGCCUUCAUCUCGGAAAUACAAUAUGGUUGGAUGACAUCGUAACCGGGGUAAAGAUAAUUAACUAUAAUGAUCUUAUAGGAUUCUCUUUGAAAGAUCAGCUAAAAAAUGAAAAUCAUGCGAUGCUGAAUGACGAUCACAUAUCAUAUUUGUUAAAACUUUGUAAAAAUAGUGGCAUAUCAGAAGUCAACGGAUAUCAUAUAAAUACUUUAUGCACGUGAACCAUAUAUCUUUGCUGACGUUUGAUCUCUAUGACAAUAUAUCUGAAGCGUGUAAAAAUCAUCGAUACAAGAAGUCUAUGAGAUGAAGAUCUAAUUAGCAGUGAAAAGAAAAUUACUUUGAGUUAUAGUACUUUUAGUACUGUCGCUGCUUUUUUGCUUUGAUUUUAUAUCAGCUUGCGUUGAAACCGUGACAUUUGCAAUAAACUGAAAUGGUAUUUUCUGAGCAUCUUUCUAAGCAUUUUUUAUUUGCUAUGUUAAUUUAAUAGCAAUUGUCAAUGAAUUAUAAGAUGCACGCAAAAUACGUACGAGCCAAAAGUGGUGUGUGUGUGUGUGCAAGCUAAAUGAUUACAAGUUUUCUCUUAUCGCAAAUUAAUAUACCACAUCUAUCCUUCUGCUAUCACUAUGAGUGCUGUUCAGCGCUACUAUGUCAUUGCGCGCGCUCAGCGGAAAAGCGUUUAGUAAGCACUCAAUGAUUAUUAGUUCUUACUGUUAGAUCCUUAAAUCUAGAUCAAUUACAUUGACGAAUUGCUCAAUUGUUGUGCAACUCUUGAGUAUGCUGAAUGCAGCCAUUCUAUCCUUGUUGUAUAUCUAAGGAACGAUAGAAGGAAAGAUAGAAGAACGUGAUAACGUUGAUAGCGUACUCCCCGAACGCACCCUAUGUAAUAAUUUUUUUCCGGGAAAAAUUUUGACGACACAAUAAAUCGUGGAAAAUUGAUACGAGAGAGAAUAAUCGAAUCAUAAUACAAAAAUAUAUUAUGUUAUAGUAAAACUUAAAUAUAAUUUGAUUUAAUGCUGUAAAAGUAGAGAAUUAUUUUAAAUUUAUACGACUAUAAAAGACUAGGUAGGUUUGAGAAAAUAAAUACAAUAUAUUUUUGUUCUA